AUGAUUGAAAAACGCACAGUUUUAUUAUUGGGAAGAACUGGCAACGGAAAAUCUACAGUUGCGAAUGUAAUAAGCGAUUCUGAUAAGUUUGCCGAAAGUGAAUAUGGAGUUAGUGAAACUAGAGGUAUCCAAGAGGAGGUAUUUCGGGUGGAAAAUGAAAAUAUUGACUUUCAUAUAAUAGACACAAUUGGAAUUGGUGAUACUAGAUUUGGUGAAAAGGAAGUCUUAAAUAAGUUAGCUGAUGCAACCAACGCUAUAAAGAAUGGCUUAAAUCAGAUAUUAUUCGUAACUAGCGGAAGAUUCACUGAAGAGGAAGUGAAAGCCUAUACCUUAUUACGAACUGUUUUCUUUGCCGAUAAUAUUGGUGAAUAUACAACAGUUGUACGAACCAAGUUCCCAAGUUUUCGUAAAGCAGAAAAAUGUAAAAAUGAUAGAGAGAAAAUGACUGCUGAAAAUGAAUAUGUGGCUGAUAUACUUACCACUUGUAAAAAGCUUAUUCAUGUUAAUAACAUGACCGAGGAGGAGGAUCCUGAGUUAAGGUCAAGACGAGAAUGUCGAGACAUAUUAAGAGCUCAUUUAAAGUUUAAUUGUGGUGUAGUUUAUCGUCCAAAAAAUCUUGACGAAAUAAAUGAUAGGAUUAGAAACCACAUGACCGACAAAGAAAGAAUUCAAAACGAAAUGGAUGGCAUUAAGGAGUUACUAAGACAAUCACAAGAAAGAGCCGAAAAUGUCGAAGAGGAAGCGCGUAAAAGAGAAGAAAAAUUGCAACAAGAAUUUAAAGAAACUUUGGAUAAUUUAUCUAGCCAGUAUUCAGCAAGAGAAGAUAAUAUAGCCGCCACAAUGGCUGAACAAAUGAAUGCUAAACUAAGUGCGGUGGAAGCAUCAUACGGCACAACAAUUAACGAAUUGAAAACCAUGAUGGAAAAUUUAACUUCUCAAUUGAAUUCAGAAAGAACUCAACAUCAAACUGAUAUGAAAGAUAUGAGAGAUUUUUAUGACAGACAGCAUACUAAAACCACACAAGCCUUUGAGAAUGCAAUUAGGAGCACGAGUCCUGAAAGAACUUUUAAGAUUGGCGUCGCUAGAGUGAUUCACGAGCUAGAAUAUUGUGAUUCGUCUGCAGUGCCAUAUAGAAGAAGUGAGUAUGGGAUCAGUAGAACUAGAGGCGUCCAAGAGGUGACAUUUUGGGCGGAAGAAAACAUUGAAUUUCAUAUAAUAGACACAAUUGGAAUUGGUGAUACUAAAUUUAAUGAAAAUGAAGUCCUAUAUAAGUUGGUUGAUGCAACCAACGCUAUCAAAAAUGGCCUAAAUCAAAUAUUUUUCGUGACUAGUGGAAGAUUCACUGAAGAAGAAGUGAAAGCCUAUAAUCUAAUACAAACAGUUUUCUUUGCCGAUGAUAUUAGUAAAUAUACAACAAUUAUUCGAACCAAUUUCCCAAGUUUUCGUAGAUCCGAAAAAUGUAAAGCUGAUAGAGAGAAAAUGAUCGCCGAAAAUAAAGACGUAGCCGAUAUUAUUCUUUCUUGUAAUAAACUUAUUCAUGUUAACAACAUGAACGAGGAGGAAGAUCCUGAGUUAAGGUCAAGAAAAGAAUGUCGCGACAUAUUAAGAGCUCAUUUAAAGUUUAAUUGUGGUGUAGUUUAUCGUCCAAGAAAUCUUGAUGAAAUAAAUGAGAGGAUUAGAAACUACAUGACUGACAAAGAAAGAAUUCAAAAAGAAAUGGUUGGCAUUAAGGAGCAGCUAAGACAAUCACAAGAAAGAGCCCAAAAUUCUGAAGCAGCAGCGUAUGAAAAAGAAGAAAAGUUACAACAAGAAUUUGAAGAAACGCUGAUUAAUUUAGCUUGUCAGCAUUCAGCGAGAGAAGCUAGUAUAACUACCACGAUGACUGAACAAAUGAAUGUUAAACUAAGCGAGGUGGAAACAACAUAUGGAAUAGUAGUUAGCGAAUUAAUAAGUAUGACAGACAAAUUAAAUAUUCAGAUUAAUUCAGAAAGAGCUCAACAUCAAAAUGAUAUGAGAGAGAUGAGAAAGUGGAGAGAUUUUUACGAUCAAUUAAUGUAA